AAUUCAUCAAUAUUAUAAAAGUCUAUGAAAUAUCAAUCAUAUUGUACCACCAUGUGUCCACGACUAUCACACCCGAAAUUUUCACUGCAUUGAAGAACCAACAAAAAGGACUGAAUAAGAGUGGAGGACAACAGCACAUACAUACAUUAUGUGUGCAUGUUGGAAAUGCGCUUCCCCAUGAUACCAAACCUUUCCAAUUGCAAUGUGAGGCUCAAAGAGCUAUCAUCUAAUGGAAAAUGGCAAGAACUACUCUGCUACCACCAUGAAAUCCAAAAAUCUGGACUUAAACUGACAGACCCUUCAGCCUUCCCUCCAAUCCUCAAAGCAUGCUCAACCCUCCGCUCCUCCGCCUUUGGAAGGGCUGUGCACGGAGGCUUGAUCAAGACUGGAUUCGAGUCCUACACUUCCGUGGCGAAUUCCGCCAUGGAUUUUUACGUUAAAACAGGGGAAUUGGGUUCUGCAUUGUGUGUUUUUAAUGGCAUGAGGAGCAGAGAUGGAGUUUCUUGGAAUAUUGUGGUUUGUGGGUGCCUUGAUCAGGGUGAUUUGGAACAAGGGUUGUGGUGGUUUAACAGUGCUAGGGUUUAUGCUGAUGGGUGUCAGUUUCAACCCAAUAAUUCUACUUUGGUGCUUGUAAUCCAAGCGUGUCGCCACCUCCGGGAUAAGUGUGAGGGGCUGAUCGUACAUGGUUAUGUGAUUCGAGGCGGGUUUUGCUUUGUAUCUUCGGUUCAGAACUCUUUGUUGAGUCUGUAUGCAAAGGAAGGUGACAUGGACAGCGCGCAGAACGUGUUUGACGAAAUGCGUGAGAGAGACGUUAUCUCUUGGAGUGUGAUGAUUGGGGGCUUUGUGCGUUGUGAGGAAGCUCUAAUUGGGAUGCGGAUGUUCCGAAGGAUGGUAGCCGAGCUUGGCAUUGAACCGGAUGGUGUUACAAUGGUCAGUGUUCUUACAUGCACUAAUUUGAAGGACUUGACAAUGGGACAGUCGAUCCAUGGGCUGGUAAUCUGUAGAGGUUUAGAUUGUGAUAUGUUCGUUGGAAACUCUUUGAUUGAUAUGUAUUCCAAGUGCAGUGAUGCAGAUUCUGCAUUUAAAAUUUUCAAGGCAAUGCCGCGAAGGAAUAAGGUCUCAUGGAAUUCUAUUUUAUCUGGAUUUGUGUUUAACGAGAAGCAUUUGGAGUCCCUGUCACUGUUUUUCUCUAUGAGGAAUGAAGGAAUUGAGGUGGACGAAGUGACUCUUGUGAAUGUUCUUCAAACAUCCGAACAUUUGGGCUUGAUUCAAUGCAAGUCGGUGCACUGCGUAACAAUCAGGCAGGGAUACGAAUCAAAUGAAUUGCUCCUGAAUUCUCUCAUGGAUGCUUAUGCAAAGUGCAACGAUGUUGAACUUGCAUGGAAACUUUUUAGAGGGAUGAAGAAAAGAGAUGUGGUUUCGUGGAGCAACAUGAUUGGAGGGUUUGCUAGUUGUGGCAGACCUGAUGAAGCAAUUGCCGUAUUCAACGAGAUGAUGAGGCUGCAGGGACAAGAUCAGAAGCCCAAUGAGAUCACCAUCAUAAAUCUUUUUGACGCUUGUUCAGCUUCAGCCGAAUUGAAGAGGUCAAAAUGGGCUCAUGGAAUUGCUAUCAGAAGAGGUUUGGCAGCACAAGUAGCUGUCGGAACCGCAAUUGUUGACAUGUACUCAAAAUGUGGGGCAAUAGGAGAAUCGAGAAAGGCUUUUGGACAAAUUCUUGAAAAAAACGUCGUGUCAUGGAGUGCCAUGAUAGCUGCGUAUGGAAUGAAUGGUCUUGGCCAUGAAGCAGUAGCUUUACUUGCAGAAAUGAAGCUGUAUGGUUUGAAACCAAAUGCAGUGACCAUUCUUUCUGUGCUAUCUGCGUGUAGCCAUGGAGGUUUAGUCGAAGAGGGCCUUUCCUUGUUCAAUUUGAUGGUUCAAGAUCACGGCAUUGAACAAAGACUGGAACAUUACACUUGUGUAGUUGACAUGCUGGCGCGAGCAGGAAAGCUUGUAAUGGCAAAGGAAUUUAUUAAAAAAAUCCCAGAAAGUUUGAUGGCCGCCAGAACAAGUAAUGCUUGGGGUGCAUUAUUGAGCGCUUGCAGAAGCUAUAGGAACAGCAAAGUUGGUUUUGAAGCCGCCUCUCGUGUGCUUGAGCUGGAGCCUGAAAACUCAGCCGGGUACUUACUGGCGUCGAAUUAUGCAGCGAACGGGUUGUGGGUCGACGCUGCAAGUAUGAGAAGGUUGGUGAAGGAAAGAAGGGUGAGGGUUGUGGCUGGUUACAGUGUAGUGAAUGUUGGUAACAAGGCAUGUAGAUUUGUUGCUGGUAAUGGUAAUUCCCACUCCAAAUCCGUUUCACUAUCUCAUGGAAAUAUGCACUCAAUGCUUGAGCUGUUGCAUGCCUGCAUGUUCAAGACCGGAAACAGGAAUAUUGUUGAUGAUUUCGACUUAAUUGAAUAAAGUUCGUUAGUUCA